UAGCUGGUAUAAAUAUGAGCAUUUUUUGUAUUUUGAUCACUUUCGACUUUCGACAGAAUGAUACAAGCUUUCAUUCUUUUCCUUGCUGUCACCUGCGGGUCAGCAAGGGCUCAACAUGGAUGUGACAGCAAGGCGGAUGUAACUUUUCUAAUAGACUCUUCUGGGAAUAUAGGACAAAGGAAUUUUCAACAAGAACUUGGAUUUGUUAAGGAUGUAACGAAUAGAAUGACAAUAGCACCAGACAAAAUGCAAGUAAGCGCUGUGACGUUUGGAAAUACUGUUUCUAGUAAAUUCUACUUGAAUCAGUAUACAAAGUAUCCUUCAUUGGAAAACGCUAUCCAGAAUAUACCGUACUCAGGCGGACAAGCUAAGAUGGCCGAGGCAAUCCAGUACGCCACAACCACGGCAUUUAAUCCAUCACAUGGAGGGCGGGGCGAUACUCCUCACGUGACUGUGCUCCUUACCAAUCAGCCGUCAGGAUCGAUUGACAGGGUGAAAUUAGCGUCACAAACUGCACGAGAUAAUGGAUUAGUAUUGUAUACGGUUGGAAUUGGCAAUCGUAUAGACACGAAUGAGUUAAAGGCAAUCGCCUCUGAUCCAGAUUCAAGGCAUAUGUUCACUUCUCAAAAUUUUGACGCACUUACUAGUCUGUCUGAUUUACUAGCGAAUAAGAUAUGCAAUGAAUUGCCUCCAAACCCCCACACACUUCCUGCCCCUACAGGAUGUCUUAAAAAAGCUGAUCUUGUAUUCAUGGUGGACUCUUCAAGCAGUGUUGGAAAUACUAACUUCCAAAAACUGGAACAUUUUCUUAAGGAUGUUGUAUCUAAAAUUGAUGUUGCACCAAACAAAGUACAUGUUGGAGUGGUCAAAUAUGCAAGCUACCCAACCACAGAAUUUUCUCUUGUCCAACAUCAGAACAGACCUUCGGUUAUGAAAGCCAUUGAAGGUAUGACAUAUCUUGGUGGGGGAACCAAUGAUGCCGAUGCUAUGCAAUUCACAGGACAACAAGUUUUCAGCCAGAAUCAUGGGGCACGUGGGGAGGUUCCCAGAAUAGCAGUGCUUCUCACCAAUGGUGGCUCUUCUAAUCCUGGGGCUGCUGUUACAGCUGCUGACAAAAUGAGAUUAGAGAGCAUUGGAGCUAUUGUUGUUGAUGUUGGAAAUAAUGCUAAUCCUAGUAGAAUUGCUGAUACAAAAGAUAGUUACUUCAAUGUCAGAUCAUAUGAUGAUUUAGAUAGCAUCACAGACAAACUUAUUGAACAAAUGUGCAAAGUGAAUCGGACUCAGCCAUCACUUACAAUAAGUUCUCCAGGAGGUAAGCUGCCAGUAGACCCAUGUCAAGACAAAGCAAAUAACUGUGACCAAUAUGGAACCGAUGUUUGUUCAAACUAUGGACAAUGGGCACAGACCAAUUGUGCAAAGACAUGUGGUUUUUGUACACCACUUUAUACAGUUGCCCCUCCUAAAUGCUCUGACUCCUCAUCCAGCUGCGCAAGCCAAAGUUUAGCAGAUUGUUCCGUACCAGGAUCGUUUGUUCAGCUGAACUGUCAGGAAUUUUGCGGUCUUUGUUCAGACAAUACAAGCAGCACAGGGUACUAUGGGAAAUGCUCGUACAAGGGAAAGUUGUACAGUACUGGAGAGAAAUGGGUAGACGGAUGUGAUUAUGAAUGUUUAUGUGAAGACGGCAACACUGGCAGAUACAAAUGUAACAAUAGAUGUCCAGUGUAUAAUAAUCUACCAGGGGACUGUACUCUUACCUCACAUCCUGAUGAUUGCUGUUUACAGCCAGUGUGUAACUUUAACCCUACCAUCAAUAUUCAACAAUCUAGUGGCCAUGCUGUCACAUCCAAUGGAAUCAAUGUGUGUGUCUAUAGAGGAAAACAAUACUUACAGCGUCAGAGUUGGAGGGACGGCUGUGACUAUCAAUGUACAUGUGUGAAUGCCACAACUGGACUCUAUCAAUGUGACGAUUUAUGUCCAGUAUACAGCAGUAUUCCACCUUACUGCCACCUGGAGCAACCUCUUGGUGAGUGCUGUAAGAAACCAGUGUGUGAGUUCAAUACCCAGUCAGGAAGUUUUACAGGGUAUGGCUCAAUCAGUGGCUAUGGUACAGGUAAGAGCCCCACACAGCAUGGAGUAUGUACAGAUAUUGACAAUAAAUGUACAGAAUAUGGUAAAGAUGUUUGUGUGACAUACAGAGGCUGGGCAUUGGUCAACUGUAGGAAGUUCUGUAAUAUGUGUGAUGAUGAUUCUGCCCCAGUAGGACCAAAGGAUCAUUGUGUUUAUGGUGGAAUUAUUCGUAACCAAGGUGAUACAUGGAAUGCAUCAUGUGACACUGUAUGUACAUGUGAGAAUGCAGCAUAUGGCUACUACAGGUGUAAUAACAUAUGUCCAACCUACAACAACUUACCCAGUGGUUGUAAUGUGAUAAAGAAAGCUGGUGAAUGCUGCCCAGUGGCCCAGUGCCAGAAUGGUUACUUUUAUUCGUCAUCUACUAACAUUGGUUCACUUGCAAAUGGCAUGACAAUUAAUGUAUUGAAGCCACCUGCAGGAAUGACUGCAGUACAGCCAACUUUACCAUCAGGGGAGGUAAUUCCUCUUGGAGGAGGCAGCACUGGCUUUACACCUCCUAAGAUAUAUGGUUGUUUGUAUAAAGGACAGUUGUAUAUACAGGAUCAGGCAUGGGAAGAUGGUUGUCAAUUAUCUUGUAUAUGUAAAGAUGCCAACUCUGGACUCUAUUCAUGUCGACAGAAAUGUCCUAGUUACCCAGCAUUACCAGCCUCGUGUAAACUGGUCCCAGAUGUCAAUGAUGAAUGCUGUCAGACCCCACAAUGUGGGCUCGAUCCUAUCACCCAGAAAGUUCCAGUUCCCAUGCCUGUGUUUAGACCUGCCAUACAGACUCAUGGUGCAGUAAAACCUCCAGGAGUGAAGGACACAGACUACGGUCACUAUUCUAUGACAGUUUAUCUGGCACAAACUGGUAUGACUCCGCCACCACCCACAGCUCCACAGAUUGUACCAACCGGAGGCAUAGGAUUUUGUACAUACAAUGGAAAACAAUACAAACAAGGGGAAUUAUGGGAAGAUGGCUGUAAUUUUAACUGCAUAUGUGAAGAUGCCAGUAGGGGCCAUUAUAAUUGUCUGGAAAAAUGCGUACAUUACGAUACAUUGCCAGAACAUUGUUAUCUGAAAACAGACCCAGUCAACCCGUGCUGUGAUGUCCCAGUCUGUAAUAUACCGGUUAAUUUUGGAGGUCAUUUUGGUGAAGUUACAACAACCCUCAAACCAACAGGAGAUCAUUGUGUAUAUGAAGGACAGAAGUACCUUCAAGGACAAACAUGGUUUGAUGGUUGUAGUUAUAAAUGUACAUGUGAAGAUGCUACCAACAAUAUUUACAGAUGUCUCAGCAGAUGUUUGGAGUAUGAAAAUGUAGCUGAGAGCUGUAGAUUCAUACCUGAUCCACGUGAUCCAGGAUGCUGCGUGAUGCCAGAGUGUCCAACAACCGGAACACCAGACCCUUACCCGACACCGGCAAUACCAGGAAAAUACACUGGACAUAGUAUGACAACAGGUUUUUGUGAGUACAAGGGGUCACAUUACGGUCAAGGUGAGCAGUGGAAAGAUGGCUGUGACCUAACUUGUCAGUGCACAGAUGCUCAGUCAGGGUUUUACAGAUGUACCGAAAUUUGUCCUCGUUACACACAAAUUCCACGCUACUGUAAAUUAGUCACCGAUUUUACCAACCCGUGCUGUCAGACUGUGAGAUGUGAAUUCCCUGCAACUACUGGCUCAAUCACAGGAAGUAUGACCCCUAGCACCAUGCGUAUACCUACGCCAAAGACCUCUGGUCAGACACCUUCAUUCGUUACAGGAACAUACCCAAUACCUCACUACAAAUAUUGUGUGUAUAAGCAAGUUCAAUAUAGUGAGGGUCAGACAUGGAAUGAUGGAUGUGAAUUCACCUGUAGAUGUGAUGAUGCAGACAAGGGACUUUAUACAUGUAAUCAAAGAUGUGCCUCCUAUGAAGAUAAUGCAGAUGGUUGUCAGUUGGUCACUGAUCCGAGAGACUCCUGCUGUCUGGUACCCUCCUGCACACCACAACCUCAGUCUACCAGACAUCCAGUCUCAGGGCCUACAGUCCCUACACCAUACAAAAUACCUACACUUAAACCAGGAACCAUCACUGGUACAGCUAAUAGGCCAACACUGAAACCAGACCUAACAGUCCCACCACUUAAUUACUGUGAGUACAAAGGACAACAAUACAAGUUGCACGAGAAAUGGGAUGAUGGUUGUCAAUGGCAGUGUGAGUGUGUAGAUGAUAAGAUUGGGAAAUAUGCCUGCACAGAGAGAUGCCCACCACUUGUGAAUUUACCAUCAAAUUGUCGACUUGUGAGAGAUGUUGCUAAUCCUUGCUGUAAAGUUCCAGUCUGUAAUCCCACACCAUUCCCGCCAACCACGCAGGGACCAGGUCUUCUUCCUCCAUCUACAACUAAAUCACCUAAACUAGAAAACGUAUGUACAUACAAAGGACAGACAUAUACACAGGGCCAGCAAUGGUAUGAUGGUUGUGACUAUGUAUGUAUAUGCGAGAAUAGCGAGCAAGGUGUUUACACGUGUAAUGACAGAUGUCCUAGUUUUCCCUCUCUACCUGCUGAGUGUUCACUGGUACCCAGUAGAAAUGAUCCAUUAUGCUGCAAGGAACCAAAAUGCACAUUUCCUCAUGUCACAAAUGACACAACUGGCUACUACAUCCCAUCUACCUUACCCACAGGUGUUGUCACAGGUGGGCGAGCAACAUUACCUACACAGUUCACCAUAUCACCCCUUCCUUUAUCUGUACAACCAUCUGUUAGCCCACCAUAUGGAGUAUCCACCAUAAGUCCACCAUAUGGAGUAUCCACUGUUAGUCCACCGUAUGGAGUAUCAACUAUUAGUCCACCAUAUGGAGUAUCCACAAUCAGACCACCAUAUGGAGUAUCAACCAUUAGUCCACCAUAUGGAGUAUCCAGCAUAAAGCCACCAUAUGCUAAUGCUAUGUGUGUGUACAAGAACCAGUUCUAUAAACAAGGACAGACCUGGCAGGAUGGGUGUGACUACAGAUGCGAAUGCCUUGAUGCAUCUACUGGCCAAUAUAAAUGUACUCCUGUAUGUCCAUUAUAUCCUCCUCUUCCAGCCAACUGUAAAUUGAUAACUGAUCCAUAUCAACCAUGCUGUAAGAAGCCAUAUUGUACCAACAGUCCAACACUGUCACCCAAUAAAACAAUGCCAUCAGUUACAACUCCUCCUGUCAAGCCAGAUUUCUGUGUGUAUAAUGGUGCACCAUUUCUACAAGGCCAACAAUGGAAUGAUGGGUGUGACCUUCAAUGUAUCUGUGAGGAUGCAAAGAAUAACUUGUAUAAAUGUAGAGAUAGAUGUAAUACAUAUGAUGUGCCACCAGGCUGUAUAUUGAUGACUGAUCCGCAAGAUGUCUGCUGCAAGGUUCCCAACUGUAAUAUACCUUCUCCUCCCACAACAGUACCCACUUAUCAAUGGCCAACACCACCAAAAUCUGGUACUGGGCCAACACCACCAACAUCUGGUACAGGACCAACACCACCAAAAUCUGGCACUGGGCCAACACCACCAAAAUCUGGUACUGGGCCAACACCACCAAAAUCUGGUACAGGGCCAACACCACCAACAUCUGGUACAGGACCAACCCCACCAAAAUCUGGAACAGGACCAACACCUACAUAUACUGAUUCCCUCACAUCAACAACAUUACAACCUCCAUCACCAGUUCCUGUGACUGGAAAAUUUGAUGUUUACUCCUCAUCAGGCAAUAGAAGUGGAUGUCUAGAUCAAGGUGUAGUACAUAAAGUUGGAGAGAGAUGGCAACAGGGUUGUCAGUAUAAUUGUGUAUGUUUAACUGACACAGGGAGGUACCAGUGUACAGACAGGUGCCCUGUCUAUACAAAUCUGGCACCAAGCUGUAGAUUGGAAAUAGAUCCUAAAGAUUCAUGCUGUAAGGUUGCUGUUUGUGUUACACAGUCUCCAACACCACCUAGAUAUAUCUCCAGUCAGUCUCCUGUAACCCCAAAUUACCAUGGUUCAACACAAAUUUACCAUGGUUCAACACAAAUUUACCAGGGUUCCACAAUAAGCCAAGGACCAACACUAGUACCCAGCACCCAACGUCCACCAAUGACACUACCAACUCAGAAAGGUUGUGUUAUGGAUGGACAUCAUUAUGUAGCAGGGCAAACAUGGUACCGAGGUUGUAGUCAGCAAUGUGUUUGUGAGGACGGUAUAACUGGCUUAUAUAGAUGUCAUGAUAGAUGUGCAAAAUAUGACUCAGUACCAAACAAUUGUACUCUGGUUCCUGACCCGAGUAAUCCAGCUUGCUGCAAGGUACCACAGUGUAUACCAUUACCGGUUCCUGGCAUGGUGACACCUACUGGACCCCCUUACACUAUAACAGGGGUAACAGGGAAAAUUUCAGGAAAUCUGCCGUCUGCUUUUAAUGGGAAUAGAAGUGUUUGUGUAUACAAGGGUAGAAUGUACACGCAGGGCCAGAAAUGGCAGGACGAUUGCCAAUAUAACUGUAUGUGUACUGAUGCCAAAUCUGGCAAAUACGAGUGCAUUCAAAGGUGUGCAAGCUUUCCCAUUGUUCCACCACAGUGCAGUAUGCAGAGAAAUUUGUCAGAUAUUUGUUGCUUUAACCCUGUGUGUGACAACAAUAAAAAACCAACACCAUUCCCACCAUUGGUGUCUCAGGCACCAAACACCACAUCAGUUGUAGUACCUGUUCUUCCUCCUUCAUUCUGUGUAUAUAAGGGUGUAGCCUACCAACAAGGGCAAACCUGGGACAUUGGCUGCCAGAAGAAAUGCAGAUGUGAUAAUUCAGACAACAAUAUUUACACAUGUUUUGACAGAUGUAAAACGUAUAACAAUCUAGGCCCAGAUUGUGUAAUGAUUGCUGACCCAAAAGAUGGCUGUUGUCAGAUACCCAAAUGUUUAAAGGUCCCAACACCAAAACCAUCACAAGGGCCAAUACCAAAACCAUCACAAGGGCCAACACCAUUGGGGUAUACCGGCCCAACACCAGCAACAAGCCCUGCAACAACAAUAUGUUCAAAUCCAAUCCCAACUGCAGUACCUGGAGUAAUAAUGGGCAGCCCUCUGUUAGAUCCAAGGACUGGCGCCCUGUCAGCUAAUAUUGGCUACUGUGAGUAUAAAGGCUCAAGAUACACACAGGAUGAGAGAUGGGAAGACGGUUGUUCGUAUGUCUGUACAUGUAUCGAUGCUAACAGUGGACAAUACCAAUGUCAGGAAAAAUGCCCACGCUACGUAGAUCCACCUUCCUACUGUAAAAUGAUACAGGACCCUGUGGACAAAUGCUGCACAAAAAUGUCUUGUAAUGCCUGCCCACAGACACCUACCCCACAAACAUACACACCAGUGUCUGGCCUUUAUCCACCUUCCCCAACUCCACCUACUCAAGGUUUGUGUGUCAUGAAUGGUAAGACUUACAGUGAAGGCCAAAAGUGGUAUGUUGGCUGUGACAAGAUGUGUGUAUGUGAUGAUGGGAAAACUGGCAUUUACAGUUGCUAUGAUAGAUGUCCAAGUUAUCCACUGAAAGAUGGCUGCAUAAUGGUACCCGACCUGAGAGACCCAGAAUGCUGCCAGGUACCAAGCUGUCUUGGAGGAACAGUUAUGCCUAUUUAUGGAAACACAACUGGAUUUGGUAUAGCCCCAUCAACAACAGCUGCUCCAAGUUCUAGAAUUCCUCCAAGUCCUGGUCUAAUUCCAAGUUCAAGUGUACCACCAAGUCCUGGAAUAGUGUCUGGUACCCCUGCUAUCCAAGGUCCAAAUACAAUUUCCACUAAGAAGCCAGGAUUCAUUGUCACCUCAAGUGCUGCACCAGCUCUGGAGGUAUGUGUUUACAAGGGUAACAUGUACAGUCAAGGUCAAAGGUGGCAAGAUGGCUGCCAGUUUGAGUGUUACUGUGACGAUGCAAAGACUGGACAUUUUCAGUGUACUGAUAGAUGUCCCAGAUAUCCAAAUCUACCUGCUACUUGCGAAUUGAAACAUGACCCAAAUGACCCCUGCUGCCAGAAACCAGUUUGUCCUACAAUUCCAACACCUGGUACCAUUGGCCCCAAUGGCCAGACACCUACAGUAGGCCCAUACCCACAACCUGCCAAAGAGUUCUGUGUUUACCAGGGUGUUCCACUAAGACAAGAUCAGACGUUUAACCAAGGAUGUGAUAAAGUAUGCAAAUGUGAGGAUGCAAAAAUGGGAAUGAUUACAUGCACAGACAGGUGCCCAACAUUCCCUGCUCUGACCCCCAACUGUUCCCUAGUAACAGAUCCUAGUGACGAAUGUUGUCAGGUACCAUUGUGUGUAAACAAAGAGAACAGUUCAACUAACAUCAGUGGAGUACCAGGCUAUGUUUAUGGUCUUAGUUUACCAGUCAAAAAUCAAUUUGGUGGUGUUAGAAAUGGAUGUGUAUACAAUGGUAAAGUGUACAGUGAAGGACAGACCUGGGAUGAUGGCUGCUCAUAUACAUGUGAAUGUUUAGAUAUGUCAACUGGGCAAUACAGAUGUACUCAAAUAUGUCCUCAUUAUCCAGCAUUGCCAUCAAACUGUGGUUUAAGCCAAGAUCCUAGCAACAAGUGCUGUCAGAAACCUUACUGCCGACAGGGACUUACACCUACUAUCAGCCCAUCAGUGUCAACAAAUACUUCAGUAGUGCCACAUUAUAAUGAAUGUGUAUACAAGGGAAGUACGUAUCAGAAAGGACAAGCAUGGUAUGAUGGUUGUAACUUGAAGUGUCAAUGUGAUGAUGCUGUUAACAACUUAUACACAUGUAGACAAAGAUGUGCUGUUUAUGAAAAUAUCCCACAAGGCUGUGUACUGGUUCCAGACAUGAAAGAUCCAUCUUGCUGCCAGGUACCAAGCUGUCCAAUACCUCCAAAACCAACCAUUGGUAUAAUUGCUGUUCCACAACCUAUAGGUAGCAUUACAGGUACCCGACCAACUUCGUCAUUAGGAACAAGCACUGGAUCAAAUAAAGCAGGAUGUGUAUAUAGGGGAACACUGGUGUACGAGGGACAAAAAUUUGAUGACGGUUGUGAUUACACAUGUGAAUGUCUCGACAAUGUCACUGGAAAAUAUAAAUGUGAUAAAAGAUGUCCAGAGUUUACAUCUCUACCUAGAGAAUGUAUUCUGGUACAAGACCCCAAGCAACCUUGCUGCCAGGUACCAUACUGCGACUUUGUCAAUCCAACGCCUUUCCCAACCGGUUACCCUACACCUCCAUCUGUUGUGACACCAACACCACAACCUAAUGUAAUAACUGUAGCACCAUACAAAAUACCAACAAUAAAUAAUGCAAGUAAACAUGGUUACUGUGUUUACAAGAGUGUGUACUACUCACAAGGACAGACAUGGUAUGACGGAUGUGAUAUGAGAUGUACAUGUGAAAAUGUCACCACUGGUUACUAUACUUGCUCUCAAAGGUGUCCAUCAUUCCCGCCAUCGUCUUGUCCAUGGCGAGCUGAUCCCUCUGAUUCAUGCUGUUUGAUACCAGACUGUAAUGUUGGUAAAAUACCUGCCACAGUCUACCCACCCAGACAUGACCAGUCUACGAUGAACCCAAUUUUCAAACCAAUUCCUGUUACAGGGGGUUACUUUAUUGGUGGAGGACUUGUACCCUAUCAGACUGGUUCAAGCUUUACAGGAUCAACAGCUGCAUGUGUUUACAAUGGUCAUGUGUACAAACAAGGGGACACAUGGACAGAUGGUUGUAAAUAUAAUUGUGAAUGCAUCGAUGUUUCCCGUGGACAAUACAAAUGUACAGAAAGGUGUGCAAGAUACCCCAGUUUACCUGCUCAGUGCUUCUAUAAGCCAUCCAGCAAUGAUGUCUGUUGUCAGGAAGCAGAGUGUCAUGUGUAUGGAUCUACAACUGUCACACCCUCAACUGUCUCAAAGCUGGUUACAGUUCAAUCAACAUCAAGUGUCUCGUCUACAAUAAAACCUACCUCAUAUGAAUGUAUGUAUGUAAAUGGAAAGAGAUAUCCACAAGGGGCAGUAUGGACAGACGGCUGCUCUGAAUGUACAUGUGAAAAUGCACCGGCCAACUUUUACUCCUGUAACCAGAGUUGUCCUAUAUAUUCUGGUCUGCCAGCAUUUUGCACACUUACUAGCAACCCAAAUGAUCAGUGUUGUCAGAGGCCCACUUGUUCACCAACUAAUGGAAUCACCCUCACCCCUCUGAUUGGUAAUGGCACAUACCCUCCAAGCUCCCUCAGCGUGCUGCCACUUGGAUCACAUACAAUGUUUACUGGAUAUAGUAGACCAACCAGUGGAGGCAGGAACGCGUGUGUUUAUAAGGGGACUGUGCACAAUCAAGGUGAAUCAUGGGAAGAUGGCUGUGAUUUUGUCUGUGCAUGUCAAGAUGCCAGUACAGGAAUGUACAAAUGUGCUGACAAGUGUCCAAAUUAUCCUCAGCUACCAAGUUACUGCAAGUUAGUAGCUAUACCAGGUAGAUGCUGUUCAAGUAUUGUUUGUGAUAUACCAGGAUAUGGGGUGUACCAACCUGUGAUUCAACUGAAUGGUUCUUCAUGGUCCAACUAUAGCAGCAAACCUGUCUUCUCUAUCCCAAGCACCGGAUUCUUUGGAGGGUCCAGAUAUCCAGGUGGAGGUUAUUAUUUGGCGAAUGCUACCAAACCCACUGUCCUAGUUGAUCUUAGAGAUAAAUGUAUAUACAAGAAUCACUUGUAUAACCAAGGUGAGGUGUGGAAUAUUGACUGUAGUUACAGGUGUGAAUGUAUGGACAGCACAACAGGAUACUAUGUCUGUAAACAACUUUGCCCAGUAUACAGUCGCCUGCCGUCAAACAUCUGCUACCUUGAAAAGAGAGACGGACAAUGUUGUUCCGAACCAAAAUGUCUUGACAAAGAGACAGGAGAGUAUGUUAACCCAUUCAACAGUACAAAAGAAUUUCCCGUUGUCGGAACAUAUUCUGAAGGAUUUUCUGCAUUCAGACCGCUAUCAUUUCCAGGAUAUCAUGAAUUUACUGGCUCCAGCAGAGGUGGUUGCUAUUAUAAAGGAGUGCUGCACAAUGAGGGUGAGAAAUGGGAAGACAACUGUGACUUCACAUGUACCUGUCAAAAUCAAACGUCUGGUCUCUACGCCUGCACACCAAAGUGUCCAACAUACACCAAUCUGCCACAAAUGUGUAGACUAGAGUCAAACACCAGAAGUUGUUGUAAAGAAGUUGUUUGCGACCAUCAGUUGCCUAUUGGUCCCACACACGCUCCGGUUAUCAACACAAAACCUCCAACACAGUGCCCUGGAUUACACCCUUACUGCUAUGACCGGUUAGACAAUUGCAGAGCCUAUGGGCCUAAGGCCUGUGGUAGUCCUUACGUUGCAUGGGCAAAAAGGAACUGUCCAUUUACAUGCGGAUUCUGUGAUUGCUCUGAACAUGGCAAUUCACUACAAGUAUGUGAGGAUAAGCUGGAAGAUUGUAAAGAUUUCGGCAAUACUUCGUGUACUGGUAUAUACGAAGCUUGGGCUAGAGAUAACUGCAAGUUGUUCUGCGGAUAUUGUCCCGUUCAAACCACCAAAACCAUGACAACAUCUACACAAACAACCCCAGGUGGACCUGAUUGUGUAGACAAGUUAAGCACAUGUUCUUUACUUGAUCCCAGCUAUUAUUGUCAAGGAGAGUAUUUACAGUAUGGCUAUGAUAAUUGCCGUAAAUCAUGCAAUCUCUGUGGAACCACUACCAUGCCAACACCAACAAGAAUAGUCUCAACACAAGGGGUUUCACUAACAAGGGCAACUAUGUCACCAGCCAGUCAAAGUACAACAACUGUGAGACCAUCUGAAGCGUGCAACUAUAAUGGACACUUUUAUUCAAAGGGAGAAACCUGGAACAGUGGCACAAAAACAUGCACUUGUGAAGACGCCUCCAUAGGAUACUAUAACUGUGUUGACAAACCAAGAUGUCCGGACUACCAGACCUCUGGUAUCCCACCAGUAUGUCAUAUUGUACAAGUGCAAGGUCAAUGCCCUACAGUUCAGUGUCCGCCUGGAGUGACCAUUAAACCACAAAAUAUUACAGUUACUGUUUCAGGAUUCUGUGAAUACAAGGGUCAAUAUUACAGUCAAGAUCAGACCUGGAAUGAUGGCUGUAGGCAGACUUGCACCUGUACAGAUGCCUCAGUAGGAUUGUCCAUGUGUAGAUCUCUAUGUUUGAAUUUCAAUAACCUACCAAGUAUCUGCCACUUAGAGGACCCACCUCAAGGACUAUGUUGUAUGCAGCCUAGAUGUCCACCAAAUAUAUUUAUACCCAUCAAAGUUGCUUACAAAGACCAGUAUCCGGGAUAUCAAUAUGAGUGAACUGAUAAAAUAUUUGACUGACAAUAAAAAUAAAAAAUA